CAGCAAUGCAGGACCCCGACAGGACGAGUCUGAAGGACAGCGGUCAGGGAGAGAGCGAGGAGGGAGACAGCGAUUGUGACACUGGCAGAAACUCGCCCAUUGACCGCCUGCUUGAAGAGGGACUGAGUGACCUACUGUCCAGGGGAAGCUGGGCAACGCCAGUAUUGGGAGCGAGGGCCAGUACUGGGGAGGAGCUGAGUCUAGAGGAGCUAUGUUGGAUGUUGCCAUCACCAUUGCCCUUUGAUUACAAGGAGAAUGUCUUCAAGCCUGAGCCAACCGAGAAUCCUCCACCCAUCUGUGAUGGCGAGAAGACCACCUUUUCAACCUUCGGCAAAAACUCGAUGGAGCUUUAUCCCGAGACAGGGGAGUCUGCCGUCAAAGGGUCCCUCUUGACUGAGAUGAGUGCCCUUUUCCAGCUCCUGCUCUCGCAGAAAGCCGAGGCGUACGCAGAAUCGAGCCCUGAGCUGCUCUUCAAUCUGUCGGGCCGGAGGAGUAUUUCCAGCGGCAGUGAGGGAGAAGGGAGUGGAGCGCCACCCAGGGGCAGGUUUCCUGGAUGUGGUCGUCCUGGCAGUGGAGUCAAGCAUCUCCCUGUGGUGCAGGAAACCACAGAGCAGAGAGACGGAACAGAGCUGGACCUCCAUCAACUGGUUUAAUGACCGCAUCAAUCAUCUGUUGUGAAGAGUCAGAUGAAUCUGGAUGAGGUUGGGUGUCUAUAUCGAAGGUCAUAUCCAGUGUACCCCCCCCAAGUGAUUUCUCAGGAAACCUUGGGCCGAAGAGAUCAGAUGGGGUUAACAAUUGAGACCAGAACCUUGCUGCUUGAAGUACCUAAUCUGGACUGACACUCAAUGACUUUCGCCACCCUCUGGGAGCUCCUACAGUCUUGUUUAUGCAGGGUGGCGUGUGUGCUUGUGAACGGAUGGUUAGAAACAAUGAAGAUAUCCACAUGAAGUGUUGACCUUUGUGCCUCACUGCCCCAGGACUGGACCCUGGUGCAUGGGUAGGGGGGUAAAUGUUAGUUUUGUGUGCAUUCAUUGAAAGGAUUUUGUAAAUAUUUCCCUGAAUUUUAUAGUUGUGGGUCUCUUACUGAAAGGAAGCUGUGUGGUGAACAUUUGAACUUACCCUUUGUCUAUCACAGUUAAGGACUGCAGAAUAUUUUUCUACUACUAUUUAAUGAUUUCUCCCUGACCCAAUGAUCGUGGUGUUUUUAUAUAUUUGUAUGUUUCUGUUGCCUUCCUUUUAUUGCUUGAA